GUUCACAAAGGGGAGGCAGGGGAAGAAGCAGGUUCACAAAGGGAGGCAGGGGGAAGAAGCAGGUUCACAAAGGGGAGGCAGGGGGAAGAAGCAGGUUCACAAAGGGGAGGCAGGGGGAAGAAGCAGGUUCACAAAGGGGAGGCAGGGGGAAGAAGCAGGUUCACAAAGGGGAGGCAGGGGGAAGAAGCAGGUUCACAAAGGGGAGGCAGGGGGAAGAAGCAGGUUCACAAAGGGAGGCAGGGGGAAGAAGCAGGUUCACAAAGGGGAGGCAGGGGGAAGAAGCAGGUUCACAGGGGAGGCAGGGGGAAGAAGCAGGUUCACAAGGGGAGGCAGGGGGAAGAAGCAGGUUCACAAAGGGAGGCAGGGGGAAGAAGCAGGUUCACAAAGGGGAGGCAGGGGGAAGAAGCAGGUUCACAAAGGGGAGGCAGGGGAAGAAGCAGGUCACAAAGGGGAGGCAGGGGGAAGAAGCAGGUUCACAAAGGGAGGCAGGGGGAAGAAGCAGGUUCACAAAGGGGAGGCAGGGGGAAGAAGCAGGUUCACAAAGGGGAGGCAGGGGGAAGAAGCAGGUUCACAAAGGGGAGGCAGGGGGAAGAAGCAGGUUCACAAGGGGAGGCAGGGGGAAGAAGCAGGUUCACAAAGGGGAGGCAGGGGGAAGAAGCAGGUUCACAAAAGGGGAGGCAGGGGGAAGAAGCAGGUUCACAAAGGGGAGGCAGGGGGAAGAAGCAGGUUCACAAAAGGGGAGGCAGGGGGAAGAAGCAGGUUCACAAAGGGGAGGCAGGGGGAAGAAGCAGGUUCACAAGGGGAGGCAGGGGAAGAAGCAGGUUCACAAAGGGGAGGCAGGGGGAAGAAGCAGGUUAACAAAGGGGAGGCAGGGGGAAGAAGCAGGUUCACAAAGGGGAGGCAGGGGGAGAAGCAGGUUCACAAAGGGAGGCAGGGGAAGAAGCAGGUUCACAAAGGGGAGGCAGGGGAAGAAGCAGGUUCACAAAGGGGAGGCAGGGGGAAGAAGCAGUUCACACAAAGGGGAGGCAGGGGGGAAGAAGCAGGUUCACAAAGGGAGGCAGGGGGAAGAAGCAGGUUCACAAAGGGGAGGCAGGGGAAGAAGCAGUUAACAAAGGGGAGGCAGGGGGAAGAAGCAGGUUCACAAAGGGGAGGCAGGGGGAAGAAGCAGGUUCACAAAGGGGAGGCAGGGGGAGAAGCAGGUCACAAAGGGGAGGCAGGGGGGAAGCAGGUUUCACAAAGGGGAGGCAGGGGGAAGAAGCAGGUUCACAAAGGGGGGCAGGGGGAGAAGCAGGUUCACAAAGGGAGGCAGGGGGAAGAAGCAGGUUCACAAAGGGGAGGCAGGGGGAAGAAGCAGGUUCACAAAGGGGAGGCAGGGGGAAGAAGCAGGUUCACAAAGGGGAGGCAGGGGGAAGAAGCAGGUUCACAAAGGGGAGGCAGGGGGAAGAAGCAGGUUCACAAAGGGGAGGCAGGGGGAAGAAGCAGGUUCACAAAGGGGAGGCAGGGGGAAAAGCAGGUUCACAAAGGGGAGGCAGGGGAAGAAGCAGGUUCACAAAGGGGAGGCAGGGGGAAGCAGUUCACAAAGGGGAGGCAGGGGGAAGAAGCAGGUUCACAAAGGGGAGGCAGGGGGAAGAAGCAGGUUCACAAAGGGGAGGCAGGGGAAGAAGCAGUUCACAAAGGGGAGGCAGGGGGAAGAAGCAGGUUCACAAAGGGGAGGCAGGGGGAAGAAGCAGGUUCACAAAGGGGAGGCAGGGGAAGAAGCAGGUUCACAAAGGGGAGGCAGGGGGAAAGAAGCAGGUUCACAAAGGGGAGGCAGGGGGAAGAAGCAGUUCACAAAGGGGAGGCAGGGGGAAGAAGCAGGUUCACACAAAGGGGAGGCAGGGGGAAGAAGCAGGUUAACAAAGGGGAGGCAGGGGGAAGAAGCAGGUUCACAAAGGGGAGGCAGGGGGGAAGAAGCAGUUCACAAGGGGAGGCAGGGGGAAGAAGCAGGUUCACAAGGGGAGGCAGGGGGAAGAAGCAGGUUCACAAAGGGGAGGCAGGGGAAGAAGCAGGUUCAACAAGGGGAGGCAGGGGGAAGAAGCAGGUUCACAAAGGGGAGGCAGGGGGAAGAAGCAGGUUCACAAAGGGGAGGCAGGGGGAAGAAGCAGGUUCACAAAGGGAGGCAGGGGGAAGAAGCAGGUUCACAAAGGGGAGGCAGGGGGAAGAAGCAGGUUCACAAGGGGAGGCAGGGGGAAGAAGCAGGUUCACAAAGGGGAGGCAGGGGGAAGAAGCAGGUUCACAAAGGGGAGGCAGGGGGAAGAAAGCAGGUUCACAAAGGGGAGCAGGGGGAAGAAGCAGGUUAACAAAGGGGAGGCAGGGGAAGAAGCAGGUUCACAAAGGGGAGGCAGGGGAAGAAGCAGGUUCACAAAGGGGAGGCAGGGGGAAGAAGCAGGUUCACAAAGGGGAGGCAGGGGGAAGAAGCAGGUUAACAAGGGGAGGCAGGGGGAAGAAGCAGGUUCACAAAGGGGAGGCAGGGGGAAGAAGCAGGUUAACAAAGGGGAGGCAGGAGGGGAAGAAGCAGGUUCACAAAGGGAGGCAGGGGGAGAAGCAGGUUCACAAAGGGGAGGCAGGGGGAAGAAGCAGGUUAACAAAGGGGAGGCAGGGGGAAGAAGCAGGUUCACAAAGGGGAGGCAGGGGGAAGAAGCAGGUUCACAAAGGGGAGGCAGGGGGAAGAAGCAGGGUUCACAAAGGGGAGGCAGGGGGAAGAAGCAGGUUCACAAAGGGGAGGCAGGGGGAAGAAGCAGGUUCACAAAGGGGAGGCAGGGGGAAGAAGCAGGUUCACAAAGGGGAGGCAGGGGGAAGAAGCAGGUUCACAAAGGGGAGGCAGGGGGAAGAAGCGGUUCACAAAGGGGAGGCAGGGGGAAGAAGCAGGUUCACAAAGGGAGGCAGGGGGAAGAAGCAGUUCACAAAGGGGAGGCAGGGGGAAGAAGCAGGUUCACAAAGGGGAGGCAGGGGGAAGAAGCAGGUUCACAAAGGGGAGGCAGGGGGAAGAAGCAGGUUCACAAAGGGGAGGCAGGGGGAAGAAGCAGGUUCCAAAGGGGAGGCAGGGGGAAGAAGCAGGUUCACAAAGGGGAGGCAGGGGAAGAAGCAGGUUAACAAAGGGGAGGCAGGGGGAAGAAGCAGGUUCACAAAGGGGAGGCAGGGGGAAGAAGCAGGUUCACAAAGGGGAGGCAGGGGGGAAGAAGCAGGUUCACAAAGGGGAGGCAGGGGGAGAAGCAGGUUCACAAAGGGGAGGCAGGGGGAAGAAGCAGGUUCACAAAGGGGAGGCAGGGGGAAGAAGCAGGUUCACAAAGGGGAGGCAGGGGGAAGAAGCAGGUUCACAAAGGGGAGGCAGGGGGAGAAGCAGGUUCACAAAGGGGAGGCAGGGGGAAGAAGCAGGUUCACAAGGGGAGGCAGGGGGAAGAAGCAGGUUCACAAAGGGGAGGCGGGGGAAGAGCAGUUCACAAAGGGGAGGCAGGGGAAGAAGCAGGUUCACAAGGGGAGGCAGGGGGAAGAAGCAGGUUCACAAAGGGGAGGCAGGGGGAAGAAGCAGUUCACAAAGGGGAGGCAGGGGGAAGAAGCAGGUUCACAAAGGGGAGGCAGGGGGAAGAAGCAGGUUCACAAAGGGGAGGCAGGGGGAAGAAGCAGGUUCACAAAGGGGAGGCAGGGGGAAAAAGCAGGUUCACAAAGGGGAGGCAGGGGGAAGAAGCAGGUUCACAAAGGGGAGGCAGGGGAAGAAGCAGGUUCACAAAGGGGAGGCAGGGGGAAGAAGCAGGUUCACAAAGGGGAGGCAGGGGGAAGAAGCAGGUUCACAAAAAGGGGAGGCAGGGGGAAGAAGCAGGUUCACAAAGGGGAGGCAGGGGGAAGAAGCAGGUUCACAAAGGGGAGGCAGGGGGAAGAAGCAGGUCACAAAGGGGAGGGCAGGGGGAAGAAGCAGGUUAACAAAGGGGAGGCAGGGGGAAGAAGCAGGUUCACAAAGGGGAGGCAGGGGGAAGAAGCAGGUUCACAAAGGGGAGGCAGGGGGAAGAAGCAGGUUCACAAAGGGGAGGCAGGGGGAAGAAGCAGGUUCACAAAGGGGAGGCAGGGGGAAGAAGCAGGUUCCAAGGGGAGGCAGGGGGAAGAAGCAGGUUCACAAAGGGGAGGCAGGGGGAAGAAGCAGGUUCACAAAGGGGAGGCAGGGGAAGAAGCAGGUUCACAAAGGGGAGGCAGGGGAAGAAGCAGGUUCACAAAGGGGGCAGGAGGGGGACAGGGGCACAAGGGGGGGAAGAAGCAGGUUCACAAAGGGGAGGGGGGAAGGCAGGGGGAAGAAGCAGUUCACAAAGGGGAGGCAGGGGGAAGAAGCAGGUUAACAAAGGGGAGGCAGGGGGAAGAAGCAGGUUCACAAAGGGGAGGCAGGGGGAAGAAGCAGGUUAACAAGGGGAGGCAGGGGGAAGAAGCAGGUUCACAAAGGGGAGGCAGGGGGAAGAAGCAGGUUCACAAAGGGGAGGCAGGGGGAAGAAGCAGGUUAACAAAGGGGAGGCAGGGGGAAGAAGCAGGUUCACAAAGGGGAGGCAGGGGGAAGAAGCAGGUUCACAAAGGGGAGGCAGGGGGAAGAAGCAGGUUCACAAAGGGGAGGCAGGGGGAAGAAGCAGGUCACAAAGGGGAGGCAGGGGGAAGAAGCAGGUUCACAAGGGGAGGCAGGGGGAAGAAGCAGGUUCACAGGGGAGGCAGGGGGAAGAAGCAGGUUCACAAAGGGGAGGCAGGGGGAAGAAGCAGGUUCACAAGGGGAGGCAGGGGGAAGAAGCAGGUUAACAAAGGGGAGGCAGGGGGAAGAAGCAGGUUAACAAAGGGGAGGCAGGGGGAAGAAGCAGGUUCACAAAGGGGAGGCAGGGGAAGAAGCAGGUUCACAAAGGGGAGGCAGGGGGAAGAAGCAGGUUCACAAAGGGGAGGCAGGGGGAAGAAGCAGGUUCACAAAGGGGAGGCAGGGGGGAAGAGCAGGUUCACAAAGGGGAGGCAGGGGAAGAAGCAGGUUCACAAAGGGGAGGCAGGGGGAAGAAGCAGGUUCACAAAGGGGAGGCAGGGGGAAGAAGCAGGUUCACAAAGGGGAGGCAGGGGGAAGAAGCAGGUUCACAAAGGGGAGGCAGGGGGAAGAAGCAGGUUCACAAAGGGAGGGCAGGGGGAAGAAGCAGGUUCACAAAGGGAGGCAGGGGGAAGAAGCAGUUCACAAAGGGGAGGCGGGGGAAGAAGCAGGUUCACAAGGGGAGGCAGGGGGAAGAAGCAGGUUCACAAAGGGGAGGCAGGGGGAAGAAGCAGGUUCACAAGGGGAGGCAGGGGAAGAAGCAGGUUCACAAAGGGGAGGCAGGGGAAGAAGCAGGUUCACAAGGGGAGGCAGGGGGAAGAAGCAGGUUCACAAAGGGGAGGCAGGGGGAAGAAGCAGGUUCACAAAGGGGAGGCAGGGGAAGAAGCAGGUUCACAAAGGGGAGGCAGGGGAAGAAGCAGGUUCACAAAGGGGAGGCAGGGGGAAGAAGCAGGUUCACAAAGGGAGGCAGGGGGAAGAAGCAGGUUCACAAAGGGGAGGCAGGGGGAAGAAGCAGGUUCACAAAGGGGAGGCAGGGGGAAGAAGCAGGUUCACAAAGGGGAGGCAGGGGGAAGAAGCAGGUUUCACAAAGGGGAGGCAGGGGGAAGAAGCAGGUUAACAAAGGGGAGGCAGGGGGAAGAAGCAGGUUCACAAAGGGGAGGCAGGGGGAAGAAGCAGGUUAACAAAGGGGAGGCAGGGGGAAAGCAGGUUCACAAAGGGGAGGCAGGGGGAAGAAGCAGGUUCACAAAGGGGAGGCAGGGGGAAGAAGCAGGUUCACAAAGGGGAGGCAGGGGGAAGAAGCAGGUUAACAAAGGGGAGGCAGGGGGAAGAAGCAGGUUCACAAAGGGAGGCAGGGGGAAGAAGCAGGUUCACAAGGGGGAGGCAGGGGGAAGAAGCAGGUUCACAAAGGGGAGGCAGGGGAAGAAGCAGGUUCACAAAGGGGAGGCAAGGGGGAAGAAGCAGUUAACAAAGGGGAGGCUAGGGGAAGAAGCAGGUUCACAAAGGGGAGGCAGGGGGGAAGAAGCAGGUUCACAAAGGGGAGGCAGGGGGAAGAAGCAGGUUAACAAAGGGGAGGCAGGGGGAAGAAGCAGGUUCACAAAGGGAGGCAGGGGGAAGAAGCAGGUUCACAAAGGGGAGGCAGGGGGAAGAAGCAGGUUCACAAAGGGGAGGCAGGGGAAGAAGCAGGUUCACAAAGGGGAGGCAGGGGGAAGAAGCAGGUUCACAAAGGUGAGGCAGGGGGAAGAAGCAGGUUCACAAAGGGGAUGGCAGGGGGAAGAAGCAGGUUCACAAAGGGGAGGCAGGGGGAAGAAGCAGGUUCACAAAGGGGAGGCAGGGGGAAGAAGCAGGUUCACAAAGGGGAGGCAGGGGGAAGAAGCAGGUUCACAAAGGGGAGGCAGGGGGAAGAAGCAGGUUCACAAAGGGGAGGCAGGGGGAAGAAGCAGGUUCACAAAGGGGAGGCAGGGGGAAGAAGCAGGUUCACAAAGGGGAGGCAGGGGGAAGAAGCAGGUUCACAAAGGGGAGGCAGGGGGAAGAAGCAGGUUCACAAAGGGGAGGCAGGGGGAAGAAGCAGGUUCACAAAGGGGAGGCAGGGGAAGAAGCAGGUUCACAAAGGGGAGGCAGGGGGAAGAAGCAGGUUCACAAAGGGGAGGCAGGGGGAAAGCAGGUUCACAAAGGGGAGGCAGGGGGAAGAAGCAGGUUCACAAAGGGGAGGCAGGGGGAAGAAGCAGGUUACAAAGGGAGGCAGGGGGAAGAAGCAGGUUCACAAAGGGAGGCAGGGGGAAGAAGCAGGUUCACAAAGGGGAGGCAGGGGGAGAAGCAGGUUCACAAAGGGGAGCAGGGGAAGAAGCAGGUUCACAAAGGGAGGCAGGGGGAAGAAGCAGGUUCACAAAGGGGAGGCAGGGGGAAGAAGCAGGUUCACAAAGGGUGGCAGGGGGAAGAAGCAGGUUCACAAAGGGAGGCAGGGGGAAGAAGCAGGUUCACAAGGGGAGGCAGGGGGAAGAAGCAGGGGAAGAAGCAGGUUCACAAAGGGGAGGCAGGGGGAAGAAGCAGGUUCACAAAGGGGAGGCAGGGGGAAGAAGCAGGUUCACAAAGGGGAGGCAGGGGGAAGAAGCAGGUUCACAAAGGGGAGGCAGGGGGAAGAAGCAGGUUCACAAAGGGGAGGCAGGGGAAGAAGCAGGUUCACAAAGGGGAGGCAGGGGGAAGAAGAGGUUCACAAAGGGGAGGCAGGGGGAAGAAGCAGGUUCACAAAGGGGAGGCAGGGGGAAGAAGCAGGUUCACAAAAAGGGGAUGGCAGGGGAGAAGCAGGUUUCACAAAGGGGAGCAGGGGAAGACGGCAGGUUCACAAAGGGGAGGCAGGGGGAAGAAGCAGGUUCACAAAGGGGAGGCAGGGGGAAGAAGCAGGUUCACAAAGGGGAGGCAGGGGGAAGAAGCAGGUUAACAAAGGGGAGGCAGGGGGAAGAAGCAGGUUCACAAAGGGAGGCAGGGGGAAGAAGCAGGUUAACAAAGGGAGGCAGGGGGAAGAAGCAGGUUAACAAAGGGAGGCAGGGGGAAGAAGCAGGUUCACAAAGGGGAGGCAGGGGAAGAAGCAGGUCACAAAGGGGAGGCAGGGGAAGAAGCAGUUCACAAGAGGCAGGGGGAAGAAGCAGGUUAACAAAGGGGAGGCAGAGGGGGAAGAAGCAGGUUAACAAAGGGGAGGCAGGGGAAGAGAAGCAGGUUAACAAAGGGGAGGCAGGGGGAAGAAGCAGGUUCACAAAGGGGAGGCAGGGGGAAGAAGCAGGUUCACAAAGGGGAGGCAGGGGAAGAAGCAGGUUAACAAAGGGGAGGCAGGGGGAAGAAGCAGGUUCACAAAGGGGAGGCAGGGGGAAGAAGCAGUUCACAAAGGGGAGGCAGGGGGAAGAAGCAGGUUCACAAAGGGGAGGCAGGGGGAAGAAGCAGGUUCACAAAGGGGAGGCAGGAGAGGGAAGAAGCAGGUUCACAAAGGGAGGCAGGGGGAAGAAGCAGGUUCCACAAAGGGGAGGCAGGGGAAGAAGCAGGUUCACAAAGGGAGGCAGGGGGAAGAAGCCGGUUAACAAAGGGAGGCAGGGGGAAGAAGCAGGUUCACAAAGGGGAGGCAGGGGGAAGAAGCAGGUUCACAAAGGGGAGGCAGGGGGGAAGAGAGUUCCAAAGGGGAGGCAGGGGGAAGAAGCAGGUUCACAAAGGGGAGGCAGGGGGAAGAAGCAGGUUAACACAGGGGAGGCAGGGGGAAGAAGCAGGUUAACAAAGGGGAGGGCAGGGGGAAGAAGCAGGUUAACAAAGGUUCACAAAGGGGAGGCAGGGGAAGAAGCAGGUUCACAAAGGGGAGGCAGGGGGAAGAAGCAGGUUCACAAAGGGGAGGUCAGGGUGGAAGAAGCAGGUUCACAAAGGGGAGGCAGGGGGAAGAAGCAGGUUCACAAAGGGGAGGCAGGGGGAAGAAGCAGGUUCACAAAGGGGAGGCAGGGGGAAGAAGCAGGUUCACAAAGGGGAGGCAGGGGAAGAAGCAGGUUAACAAAGGGAGGCAGGGGAAGAAGCAGGUUAACAAAGGGGAGGCAGGGGAAGAAGCAGGUUCACAAAAGGGGAGGCAGGGGGAGAAGCAGUUCACAAAGGGAGGCAGGGUUAAGCACAAAGGGGAGGCAGGGGGAAGAAGAGCAGGUUCAACACAAGCGGGAGGCAGGGAGGGAAGAAGCAGGUUCACAAAGGGGAGGCAGGGGGAAGAAGCAGGUUCACAAAGGGGAGGCAGGGGGAAGAAGCAGGUUCACAAAGGGGAGGCAGGGGGAAGAAGCAGGUUCACAAAGGGGAGGCAGGGGGAAGAAGCAGGUUCACAAAGGGGAGGCAGGGGGAAGAAGCAGGUUCACAAAGGGAGGCAGGGGAAGAACAAAGGGAGGCAUGGGGAAGAAGCAGGUUAACAAAGGGGAGGCAGGGGGAAGAAGCAGGUUCACAAAGGGAGGCAGGGGGAAGAAGCAGGUUCACAAAGGGGAGGCAGGGGAAGAAGCAGGUUCACAAAGGGGAGGCAGGGGGAAGAAGCAGUUCACAAGGAAGCAGGUUCACAAAGGGGAGGCAGGGGGAAGAAGCAGGUUCACCAAAGGGGAGGCAGGGGGAAGAAGCAGGUUCACAAAGGGGAGGCAGGGGGAAGAAGCAGGUUCACAAAGGGGAGGCAGGGGGAAGAAGCAGGUUCACAAAGGGAGGCAGGGGCCGAAGCAGGUUCACAAAGGGGAGGCAGGGGAAGAAGCAGGUUCACAAAGGGGAGGCAGGGGGAAGAAGCAGGUUCACAAGUUCAGGUGGAAGCAGCAGGUUUCACAAAGGGGAGGCGGGAAGAAGCAGGUUCACAAAGGGGAGGCAGGGGGAAGAAGCAGGUUCACAAAGGGGAGGCAGGGGGAAGAAGCAGGUUCACAAAGGGGAGGCAGGGGGAAGAAGCAGGUUCACAAAGGGGAGGCAGGGGGAAGAAGCAGGUUCACAAAGGGAGGCAGGGGGAAGAAGCAGGUUAACAAAGGGAGGCAGGGGGAAGAAGCAGGUUCACAAAGGGGAGGCAGGGGGAAGAAGCAGGUUCACAAAGGGGAGGCAGGGGGAAGAAGCAGGUUAACAAAGGGGAGGCAGGGGAAGAAGCAGGUUCACAAAGGGGAGGCAGGGGGAAGAAGCAGGUUAACAAAGGGGAGGCAGGGGGAAGAAGCAGGUUCACAAAGGGGAGGCAGGGGAAGAAGCAGGUUAACAAAGGGGAGGCAGGGGGAAGAAAGGAAGGCAGGUGGAAGAACAAAGGGGAGGCAGGGGGAAGAAGCAGGUUCACAAAGGGGAGGCAGGGGGAAGAAGCAGGUUAACAAAGGGGAGGCAGGGGGAAGAAGCAGGUUCACAAAGGGGAGGCAGGGGAAGAAGCAGGGUUCACAAAGGGGAGGCAGGGGGAAGAAGCAGGUUCACAAAGGGGAGGCAGGGGGAAGAAGCAGGUCACAAAGGGAGGCAGGGGGAAGAGAAGCAGGUUCACAAAGGGGAGGCAGGGGGAAGAAGCAGGUUAACAAAGGGGAGGCAGGGGGAAGAAGCAGGUUCACAAAGGGGAGGCAGGGGAAGAAGCAGGUAACAAAGGGGAGGCAGGGGAAGAAGCAGGUUACCAAAGGGGAGGCAGGGGGAAGAAGCAGGUUAACAAAGGGGAGGCAGGGGGGAAGAAGCAGGUUCACAAAGGGGAGGCAGGGGGAAGAAGCAGGUUCACAAGGGAGGCAGGGGGAAGAAGCAGGUCACAAAGGGGAGGCAGGGGAAGAAGCAGGUUCACAAAGGGGAGGCAGGGGGAAGAAGCAGGUUCACAAAGGGGAGGCAGGGGGAAGAAGCAGGUUCACAAAGGGGAGGCAGGGGGAGAAGCAGGUUAACAAAGGGGAGGCAGGGGGAAGAAGCAGGUUCACAAAGGGGAGGCAGGGGGAAGAAGCAGGUUCACAAAGGGGAGGCAGGGGGAAGAAGCAGGUUCACAAAGGGGAGGCAGGGGGAAGAAGCAGGUUCACAAAGGGGAGGCAGGGGGAAGAAGCAGGUUAA